GAGUACAAAAAACAGAACCCGACCGUUCACGUGUUUCCGGAAGACGCCGUGCAGGGCGAAACGGCGGGCUUCAGUGCGCAAGAAAGCGGACAGGCAUCAACUCCCGCCCCGGGAAGUACUUCUAGAGAGCCAGGAGAGCUUCCCCAGGAGCAGGGAGGGACCACCGGCGGCCAAGAAGAGCAAGAUCCGGACUCGGUCACGCGAACCUACAACCUCCGGCCGGUGGAGUGGGACACAAGAAAAUUCCCGGAUGUCGCCUCCUUGGCGCGCACGACCAAGGAGAAGAAGCUGCGGCUGGGGUGGUUCGUGAACAACUGCAUGUGCGUCGAGCAUCCCGGGUUCAUCCAGGACUGGCGGAGUAACUACGAUGCCGGGGUGGGGCUGGCGGCAGAGCUGCGCGGAGACCUGGCGGAGGUGGUGGAUCACGAUUUUGCGUCCCUCAAGAUUGACACGUGCGGCGCCAUAUCAAAUGCAAAUAUGUCUGGGUCUGGGACGAGAUUGCGAGAUUUGUCUUGCUAGUCUGGCAACCCAGAUGAACCACGGAAAAACUUGUCAUGCUGGGCAGCGCAUUGCAGUGUGGCCAUUAUUCCCUUCCUUGCAUCACAAGUUCCAGACCCAGACAUGAUCUUUGCAUUCCAUACGCCAAGGGGCACGUGCGAACCUGGGUGAAGGAGCUGGACGCGAUUGGACAGCAGAGCAUAUGAGAGUGCACAACGCGUCGUCCCCCUCAUUUGUAUUGCAUGAACAGCGACACUAAGCACCCUCACCUAUGGAGCCUGUGCAUGACAAGUUCUUCACGCGUGUAUAUCUAGUACUGUUUGGGCUCCUUCCCCUUCCGGAAUCUGUCAUGCGAACAGUACCACAGAGCAGCACUUGGAUUUGGUAUUUCGCAUGACAAAUGAAGCGGGGGACGAGGGAGAGUUGUGCGCUCUCAUAGAGCACCAUUCUGCAGCACAAGUCGCACGGAAACGGGGACCCCAGACGUUUCCCGGCCCAGUUCGCGACCAGUUCGGGCGAUUGUGCCUACCACGUCGCAUUCACCGCGCGCGACAUCCACGCGACCUUUCGGGACAUCUACAUGAACCUGCAGUCCGUGCGACUCCCAAGCUACGUGGGGCCCCACUGCUGGGCCAGCCCCGGGGAGUUGCAGAUUGGCAACACGGAGCGGUACGUGUAUAUGCAAAGAGAAAUGUGUUUUGCAGUAUACACAUUCACAUUGUUUUGCAGGACCGGCAAGACAGACCACCUUUGUCAUGCAGGAAAUGCUUUCAAAUUCCAUCAUCGUUUCCUACCUACAUUCCCUGGUGAUCAUUGCAUUGCAAGUUUUCCCUAUCAUGCUGAAAUUACAACAAAUGUGUAACUGUCACACUUUUUUCGUGGGAUAGUGUUCGAUUUGAGCCAAGUGGGCUCGGAUGGAGACGACACGCAAACGGAGUUUUCGUCGGUGGAGGACGAGACGCACUUUUAUGAGACGAGUGCACAAGAACUCCCCCUCCCACUCAUUCGUCAUGCAGAACCCCAAAUCCAGGUGCUCGUGCUGCCUUGUGGCACUCUUUGUAUGAUAGAUUCCGGAAGCCCGCACAGCACUGCACUAGGCGCAUGAUUUUGCCAUGCACAGGCUCCACGUGUGCUCGGGUUUGUAUUGCUAUUGCUGCUCAUGCCGUACAAAUGAGAGGGAGGGGGAGUUGUGCACACUCAUAACUUUGCGCUGUGGUGCAUCACCUCCAGUCCGUUGGUACUCAGCUUUCCGCUGAUAAAGCGCGGGGCGGCUGGUGGUAGUACGCCGGCAGCACCACUUCGCCACCAGCAAGUGAUCGAUUACGUGAAGCGAAUCGUGAUAAACAAGGUCGCAAUUGCGAUCGACCAAAUCCACGUGAACGACGUCGGGCGCCGCGUCUACGCCUGGGACGGCGACUUUGAAACGGAGAAAAUCCGCUACGCUUGGGUGCAGCCCUGCCGGGAGGUCAGCGACGAGCACAAACGGGGUCGUUGGCGUAAAGACCCAACCACCGGGGGCGUCCACUGGGUGGAUGGGAUUUCGGGGGAGCGGUUUUGCCUGAGCUUUCAGACGUGGAUGGACCACGCGCUGGUACUCGGUAAGAGGUGCAGGCCCACUCGAGACAACAUCCGGGUGCGCCUGCCUAUUAACUGUAAUGAACAGCAACCAGUACCACCUGCAGCAGUACCAUCCGCACAAGCACAACAAGGAAGUCCGGGCGCGCCGGCGGGCAGCGGCUUUUUGGAGAAGGGUUCUAUUGGAGGUUCUUCAUCUUCCCCUAUGGAUAGUAGGACACCGACAGCGCCGCGAGAAGAUGAACAGCAAGAAGCCGAAGCGCUGCUGCAGCUACA